CGUGUUCCCGUUAACGAAGCGGGGGUGGAGAUAUAAUACAUACUGCUGAACCAUCUAUAUAAUAUAUUGCACGCGCACGCUAUAGCCAUUGUGUGCAACAACACGAGUAAGAGUAAGAGAGACAGAUAGCACAUAGCAGACAGACAGCAAGCACACACACACACACAUUCAUUCUACAGAUUACAUGUGCACACUUGACUUGACUCGUGCUGCUGAUGGUGGCGGCGGCUCGAGGCUCGAGGUGUAUAUAGGUAUACACCCAUAGCACAUUAGCAGCAGAAGCAGAACAGAAUAGAACGGGAGAGCUUUUGGUGUGUUUUGGUGUGCAGUGUGUGCAGUGCGUGUGGACGUGGAGAACGAAGAGGUAGAAGCGACAGGGAAAAAAGAGAGGAGUGUGUGCCGAGCAGCUCUGCUGCUGUUUGUGGUGAUCGUCAACAUAUAACACCAAAUACGACGACGCCACAGGGGGGCCUCGUCGGACUAAAGAUCAGAUCCUAUAGCCUCGAGCGUCAUCGUCAUCAUCACCAUCAGUAGUAGCAAAAGCUUGUGGUCGUGGUGGUUGUGGUGUUUGUGUUUAGUUGGUGCCUCUCAGUUAGCAGCAUCAGAGAGAGAGAGAGAGAGGUGGUGUGGUGGUGGUGCAGCAGGUGAUCAUAGCAGGUGCAGGAAGAAGACGAACAAGAGGAAGAAGCAGUGACGGAGCUGGUGGUUGCGGAGGAGGCGAGGAGGAGGCCGCAGAGCUGGGCGAGACACGCAAUGACGGAUAGCAGCCAACAACAGCAUCAUCAGCAGCAGCAACAGCAGCAACAGCAGCAGUUCUGCUUGCGUUGGAACAACUUUCAGGCAAACAUAACGAGUCAAUUCGAGGCGCUGCGCGAUGACGAGGACUUUGUCGACGUUACCUUCGCCUGCGACGGCAGACGCCUCCAGGCUCACAAGGUCGUACUCUCGGCGUGCAGUCCCUACUUCAAGGAGCUUUUCAAGACAAAUCCUUGCAAUCAUCCGAUAAUUUUCAUGAGAGAUGUGGAGUUUGAGCAUCUACAAUCUCUUUUGGAAUUUAUGUAUGCCGGGGAAGUUAACAUCUCACAAGCAGAACUUCCGACGUUUUUGCGAACUGCAGAGUCUCUCCAAAUCCGCGGUCUCACUGACUCCCAGAGCAGUAACCAGCACAACGAAAAGCAUUUGAGGGCGAAUAAUAUUAGUGCCCCCAAUGGACGUGGCCCUGUGUCGCCGAAUUUCGAUGACGAGCACAGUAAAACGCCGUCGUUAAGCCCUCCACCGUUAAAAAGGCUGUGCAAAAGAAGUGAUUCACCUCAGAUCUCUAGUCCAGCACCUGCUGUACCACCAUGUGCCACCAGUACACCUCGCCCUCGACCGCUCAUCGAACCUCAAGUCGAGCUUGAUUGCUACAAGGAUGUCGAUUACAUGCAGCCAAAAGUUGAACUGCCAGAGUAUGGAAGUGAUGAAGAAUCGAAACACGAUCUCAAUACAUUACCUGGAGGCUUCCUCAGUUUGGAUGGAGGAAUGGAAGUCUUACCUUCAUAUCCAUCAACGUAUGCCGGCAGUGGAAUGGAUGGAGGAAUGCCUGGGCCGUCGCAUGGAAACACAGAGCUAAAUCCGGAGCAGCAAGUGUCGGCGGGAGCAGCAACAGCGGCAAGUCGGCGCGUGAGACGUGGCAGACCACGAUUGGGAAUCCGAGGUGGCAGGCAACAACAGCCGACGACCCACGGGAACUCUCCCUCGAGGGGUGACUGGCUGCCACUUGACAUGAGGACGACGCCCCCGGCGAUGCCUGGAUACCGUGGCUUCGACGACGCUGUCUCGGCGGACGGUGUGGUCCACCUGGGCGAGGGUGUGGCCGUGUGCGAGGAGCAGCUGCGCGCGGUCAAGUGGAGCGACUACAGGAAACUGACGCGAGGCCUCGCGGCCAUCCUGUUCAGCCCGACGGAGCUGGCGACGUGCUCGGUGACAGGCCAACGCUGGAGCCGCGCGGGCACGGCCACCGAGCGGCCCGUCAAGCCCGCCCUCGACAAGGCCAAAGUUCAAGCCAUCAUAUCGUACGUGACGUCACGGUUCCCUUCGGUGGACGUGAGCAGCGUCAAGCAGGUGUUGGCCUACAAGUGCAAGGAAAACUCCACGGCCUUGAAGAUGAAGUCCAUCCGGUAUAUUUGCGAUCGCCAAGACACGGAAACAUCGCCGAAGACGGAGGCCGAGGACAAGUGAGUCUGACUCGGCGGAACAGCAGUCGAAGCUGGCCGGUCGGAGCAGCGGCGCGACCGCAACCGGCAGCCACGAGACGAAGGAGAUGAGGACAACGACGACGAGGAGGACAUGUUGGAUGGGCAGCAUCGGGAGGUGGGAGAGGAGGAGGGCAAACUCGGGGCCAUGCGGAAGGCGCUCUGCGCGAGUAUAAAGGCCGCGAGCUCGGCUCUAGCCGCUGCCACGUACUUCUAAACUUUUUUUUUUUUAUCGUGGCUUGUUCUUUCUUUCUCUUGUUUCUUUUUAUUUAUUUUCCUGGGAUAGAGACCGUUUAGUGGUUGAUUAAGUGGUGUAUUGGACGUUUAAUUAUAUAUUUGAUUUGUGAUAAUACCUAAGUAGCGUUGCCGGGAUUUUCGGAUCUUGGGGAUGGUUUUUUCCCCCUCGACAUGGAUAUACCAUUAGAAGAGAACGUGCACACGUGUGAUACGAUAGUCGUGUUGAAACUGUAAUAUUAAGGGUAAAAGUAGAUUUUCAUGCUUCGUCGUGGGAAUAUAAUUUUUCCAAGAUCUCGAACAUUCCCGAUUUCGUGUGUGAUGCCGAUUGCUCUGAUUCGAGUUUUCAUAUGUGAUCCUGUACCUAUAGUGUAGAUCGGCGUGCUUCGAUGCGAAGCUUCAUCAUUCUCGCUACAGUUUACAGAUUUAAAGUCACGAAAUUUUCAAAUUAUAUACAGUUUUAACGCGUAUAAUGAUUUUAAAAAUCUCAAGUCAAAUUGGUUUGAAAGAUUUUCGUGCAAAUUAACAAUUUUAAAGUGUACCCGACAGCCACUCUAAAAAAAAAAAAAAAAAAAUUUAAAAGGCCCCAAGAGCAUGUCCGUUUGUAUCGAAUGACGUUUGUUUGAAGUGACUGUCUGCGCUCCACAUACAUGUACGAAUACGUGUGUAUAAAAACGGAACGAUCUGUCUGUAUAACCGAAAAGCCGAUUUCCUCAACGACCGAGAGACGCUUAAAAGCUUUUCCCCAAACUACUUCGGAAAAGAGAUUCGAAGAACGAUCGUCUACUGUGCCUUGGGUAAGUGGUAGGAAAGGAUUCGUAGGUACAUGUAACAUUUCGAAUUAAACGCUCCGGGAAUUCGAAGAAGGUAAAGAAAAAAAAGAAAAAAAGAGGUGGAGGAAGGUAGAUGGGUCGAAUAUCUUAGUUGCUCACCGCAGUGACGUAUAAUUUCUCGUUUCUAAUUAAACGAGUCGAGAGACCAGGCGACGAGUAAUCCGUUUGCGUUGCUAAUUACGGUUUACAUCGUGAUUUACAUACAUACAUAACGUAGGGGAAGAAUAGAAAGGGGGAAGCGCAAUGAUUUUUUUUUCUCUCGUCAUCUCGCAUUCCUGUGCGCUUUUUUCGUGUUCCUAAUAAAUAGUGAGCUUUCGUUGAGUAUAUAUGAUUAUAAAAAUAUACAUAUGUAUACGCAUGUUGUAUAAUAGGCCAUACUAUAGUAUUUACCUGUAGGGCUGUAUAGCGCCGCGGGCGGUCGUUUUUAACGUAAUCGAUGGUUGUGAAAACUUUUACGAUUUCCUUUGUUUUGCUCCUUAUUUUUAUUUUUUUUUAUUUUAUUUUUUUUUCGUUUUCUUCGAACGGGCGCUGUGAUUUGUAACCUGAGAUAAAUAAAUCUAAAUGAAAGUUACCGAUACUUUUUUUUCUCAUGUCAAUAAAAAUAAUUCUUUUUUG